CCUUAACAAAAUGGUUAAAAACACUCUUUUCCCCGAGAGAUAUCAUGAGAGAAACAUUAAAUACAACCACAAAAAUGUCCCCAUUUUAAUGCGAUUGAGAGGUGGUGGUAGUUUCCAUUACAGUUUGUAAGCCAUGUUAUUGGGCAAGAAAAAUUGAUCGCCCACCACCACCCUAGCUAGUACUAUGAAUUACUUGAUUUGCACUGUGGGUGAUAAUAAAUAUAUGAAGGCGACAAUAUAUAGGCCAACCCCAUUUAAUUUGAUUCAUGAGGUUGAACAUGUGAUAAAUAUAUGAAGGCGACAACACCAUCGGCAAGCCCAUCUAAUUUGGUUGCCGAGGUUUUGGAUGUGACGUUGUUCUGUUCACCAUUUCUCAAGGCCAAACUUUGAUCAAUUAUCUUGCUUCUUCUCCUAGUCCUAGAGCAACUUGGCUACUUCCUACCUGAGAAAGUGUUGAUUAGUAAUAAUCCUAAGCAACAACUAAUGCAAAUAACCACAAACAAAUGAAUACCCAUAAUAAUCCAAAGUACAUUUAAUACCAAGACUCUAAACAACGACGAUAAAAGUAGCAACAUUGGCUGAUCGAUGCAUGAAUACAUUAAGCAUCCCUUCUUCGAAGAACUUUGUCCUUCAAAGUUUAAGUGACGUCUCGAUCAGGAUCAAUGAAGAAGAAUAUUUCCCAAUUGAGGUUGAUGACAAUGAACGUGUGACGAUGUUGUUUACGUUUGUGAUACUUCCAAUUGCAUUUCAAGACAUCCGUAGAACCAAUUGGCAUUUCAAGGCUUUUUGAAACUGGAUAUUUGAGCACUAUCGGAAGCAAACCCAAUAUGAAACCGAACAAGAAAAAUAGAAAAUAGAAUAAACAAACACAAGACACCAAAUUUACGUGGAAAACCCUCCAAAGCAGAGGGAGAAAACCCACGGGCCGGACAAGACAGUAAAUUCACUAUGCUCAAGGAAUAAUCUUCAAAGUACAAAGUUAUAUUGUGGACUAAGUAGAAAACUCCCAAUAUAAAUGAAAACGCACUCACGAAGAUGUUUUACAAUUUAGGAGAAUAAAAGAGUUGGGAAGAAGUGGUGUCUUUAACAACAAAAGACUCCUAAUUUAUAGCCUUGUGAAAUGGCUUAUGAGAUGCCAAUAGAAUUGUAAACGACACUCUCAUAAAUCCAAGUGAAACCACUCACAUAAUUAACUCAAUCUGGUAAUUUCCAUAACUCCAAGUGUUGGAAUUUAUUUGAGGCAUCAAUACCAUCAAUCUUCACUUUGAAUCAAAUUGGUGAAAGACUUGUCCAGAAACCUCUGCGAGGUAAUCAAGCUCUUCGAAAUCCAAUUAAGUGCAAAUAACAAUCAAACUUAGUUGAAGGAAGAACUUUUGUGAGCAUACAUGCAAGAUUGUUCUAAGUAUGAACUUUCUUCACACUAAUAUCACCUGCAGCCAUAACAUCUCGUACAAAGUGGUAAUUGACUUCUAUAUGUUUGGUCUUCCCAUACAAAGUGGUAAUUGAAUUCUAUAUGUUUGGUCUUCCCAUGAUACAUGUCAUUUUUAGUCAAGUGAAUGGCACUUUGACUGUCUAAACAUAUUGUUGUUAUAUAUUGCUCAACUCCAAGCUCAAGAACUAGGCCUCGUAACCAAAUACCCUCUUUAACCCCUUCAAACAUAGCAACAUACUCUACUUCUAUAGUUGACAAAGCAGUUACGAUUUGCAAGCAAGAUUUUCAGCUAACACGAAUUAUAGAGAGUAACAACAUAUUCGGAAAGUGACUUUCGUUUAUCUAAGUCACCUGCAAAAUCAAAAUCUGUGAAGCCUAUAAUAUUGUUGGAAUCCUAUACAUCUGCACUCUUGUAUUAUUGUUGGAAUCCCACUUAAGUCUACUGGCUGCUACUCCUGUAUUCUAUAUUCAGCUGUGUAUACUGUCAAGCAAUCCUAUACAUUCAACGUCAGCAGACAAAGACAAAUCACUAGACAUAUAAUCCACUUCUUCUUUCGUUGUUCGACAGUAAGCAUCAUAUAACUUGAAAUGACCAGCGAGUGUAGUAGAAGUGGGCUUACAAUAAAUCAUUUCGAACCUUUCAAGUAACAUAUUAACGUACUUUCUUUGGUUAAAAAAUAAUUUAUCAGCUUGUCAAUCUUGUGGAUCUCCAUAACCAAAAUCCUGUUUAUUGUUCCAAGGUUCUUCAUCUCAAAUUCUCCUUUUAGUUGUGACUUUAACCUAUUGACCAACAUUUUGUUUUUUGAAGCAUUAAGCAUGUCAUCAACAUAAAGAAGUAGAUAUAUGUAGGAGCCAUCGGGAAAUUUUUGGAAAUAUACACAAUUAUCAAAUUACCUGUGUGUAUAAUCAUUUUCUAUCAUGAAAGCAUUAAAACGGUUAUACCAUUGUCUAGGAGCUUGCUUGAGACCGUAUAACAAUUUUCUAAAGCGACAAACUAUAUGAUCCUUUCUUGGAAUCACAAAACCUUCUGGUUGCUUCAUGUAUAUCUCCUCCUCAAGAUCACCAUGAAGGAAAGCAGUGUUCACAUCAAGUUGCUCUAACUCCAAAUCAAAAAGAGCAACAAAAGAGAGGAAAAUUCUAAUGGAAUUGUGACGCACAAUAGGAACAAAGAUUUUAUCGAAAU